UUGGUUACUAUUGGAAGCCGUUCUGAUGUCAAGCCUGUACUGGGCAUGUCCUCAUUAACUUCUGCUCAACUUAUUAGUUCCGCUGCCAAGUCUUCUGUUCUUCAGACACAGCAAGUACAGAACGUACAGAUUGCUAAGAAAGUUCCUGCUUCGUCUUCUGGUGCUGUUAUUACCAAACUGAUCAUUGCAAAACCGUUGAACAGCAAACCUGGGCAGACUACCCAAGUAUCAUCUGUGUUUGCAGGCAAGGUUCUUUCUCAUGCUAAUUCUGCAACUCAGUCCAAGCCAAUAGUUAUCACUGAA